AUGAGAUUUUCAUGCAAGCUUGGUAAUCUAACCUCAGCCUCAUUGAACAAAUUACAUCGUACUACAAAAACGCAUUCAAGCAAAAAAUGUAUAUCAUGCUUUCUGACUUUUUUACUGAUAUUAGUGAUAUACGUUUUUAUGGUGAACAAAGUGUUGAAUUUCUGGGGCACAGAAAUUACUCUUCAAGAAAAUUCCUUAACAUCUAUCGAAGACACCGGUGAAUCUUUGUCAGUAUUAUCCAGUCUACGAACUCAUCGCAUCACUGAACUCGAACCUCAUAGUGUGACUACUGAUCACGUUCACCUGACAACCACUGAAAACCUUCAACAUGAUGAAAUUAAACUAUAUGAAAAGGAAUUUAAAACAAUUUUAAAUUUCGAGUCUUUAAAACGUCCAAGCGUUACACUCGGCGACAGAAACCAGAAUGAUGAUGCCCUUAAAAAUCUCUUCCCUCCAUUAUAUCCUGAUAGUGGAUUCUGUUUAAAGAAAACUAGAUUCUAUUUUGGAGAUAGAAAUGAAAGCUCCAAUUUAAUGACACGGAUUAUAAAUCUAACCGAUGCAUUAAUACCACCAUUGAAUAUGACGAUAUGGUCAAAAAUAGCGCCACGUGUAUGUCAGUCAAUUAAAACAAACCUUUUAAUAAUCGUAUUCUCUUCAAAUGAAAAUAUUGCAGUCCGACAAAAAAUCCGUCAAACAUGGGGUUCAGUUAAGUAUAUUUUCAGUGAAACAACAACAAAUAAACAAAAUUCGAAUGGAUUAAAAAUCAUUGAACACUUGUUCAUUGUUAAUAUGAGUAAAUCAAAUUCACCGCAAAAUUCAGCUGAAUUUAAACAACUCAUACAUGAAGCUGAAGUAGAAAAAGAUAUUCUACCCUUGUUUUUAACCGGUAUACAGCAUAAUUAUGCAAGUUUGCAUAUACUAGCUAGUGAAUUUCUUCUACAUUAUUGUAAGAAGUCUGUAGAUUUUGUUCUUUUCAUUAAUGAAGAUAUAUUUCCAAAUUUAAACGCUUUAAUUCAGUAUACAAGUUCAAAAAAAUUGCAGCUUGACGCAUUAAAUUACAUUAAUCUACGCAUAUAUUGUAUACCAAUUGAAAAGAAACGUAUGAAGGCAAAACCAAAUAUAAAAUUUGAUGAUAUGAACAUACUGGCUGAAUGGAAUGGUAAAAUCUAUCCUAAUCAUUGUGAUAUUGAAGAUAGUGGUUUUCUAAUGUUGUAUGAAACAAUGCAGAAAUGGUAUACAUGUUCUCGCAUCUAUGAACCUUUUCAUCCUGUUCAAGUUUAUUUAACUGGUCUGUUAAGAUUUGUUGCAAAAAUUGAAUAUGAAAGUUAUUGGACAAAUUAUUGGACAACUGGAUAUCUGUUACCAAGUAUGGCGUUUAAUAAAAAUAAUAAACGAUAUUUAUUCUUCAAAGGGUCAGUGAAUCAGAGUAGUAGAGUAUGGAAAAGUGUUUUCCGGGGAAUAUUAGGUCAAUAA